AUGAAGCUUUCUACAUUGCUUGCUCUCCUGCCCUUGGCCCUUACAGCCUAUGCUACCGCUGGUGUUGAGGGCGAUGGCGAGGACGACGUACGAUACUGCCUUCGUAAGAAGGCGCCCGCACAAUUCGAAUGUGUCGGAGGUCUCACGAUGUCCGCCUGGAAGAGCAACGUUGGAUGGACAUGCUGUGAUGCUUCAACCCUCUAA